AUGUUGCUGCUUAUCCAGAUGCUGCUUCCUUGGGUGGUGUACAAAGUAUAUAGUAUGAAGUGCACCAGAACCAAUCCUCAUCACAUUCCAUAUCAGUGGUAUCAGCCAGGUGAAAUCCUGGUUGGUGGAAUGGUAACUCAUAUUGGUUGUCCUUCCUAUGAACCUGAUUAUGAGAAGAACCCCUCAGGGGAUUAUGAAUGUUAUCCAGUCCUGAUAACAAAGUUCUACCAGCACAUCCUCGCCUUGGUGUUUGCCAUCCAUGAGAUCAACAAAAACCCCAGCAUCUUGCCCAAUGUCACUCUUGGAUUCCACAUUUAUGACUCCACCAUGGAUCCGAAAUGGACUUACAGGACCACCCUGGACCUCCUCUUCACAUCACUUGAACUUGUUCCAAACUACAAAUGCGGCACCCAGAAAAAAGUGAUGGGUGUCAUUGGGGGAUAUAGUUCUGAUACCUCAUUAGACAUGGCCAUUCUCUUAAGUCAUUACAAGAUCCCACAGUUUUCAUGCGGCUCGCUUGAAUCAGAAGUGGAUAACCCAACCACUUUCCUUUCCUUUUACCGCAUGUUCCCUAAGGAAGCCCCUCAGUAUGAGGGAAUUCUCCGGUUACUUCUGCAUUUCGGCUGGAAAUGGGUUGGGGUCAUCACUCUGGAUGAUGAAGGUGGAGACCAUUUCUUGCAGGCACUGGAGCCAAUGCUCUCCAGCAAUGGAAUCUGUGCAGCCUUCAUAGAAAAGGCUACAACAGAGGUCCAGUGGGAUGACAUAGAUUUUAUGACCAAAUACUAUGGCAAUAAUAAAGCAGAUUUCCUGGACAGCAAAGCCAAUGCAAUUGUUGUACAUGGAGAAACUGGAACAUUUAUGUGGCUGGCAGCAGUUAUAUCUUUCCCCCCACACAUAAACACCCCAACAGGUUCUGAUUAUGGGAUGAGAACUUCUGCAGGAAAAGUGUGGAUUACGACAGCCCAGAUUGAUUUUGCGUUCACUACUAUACAAAAGACAUUUGAUAUACAAAUGUUCCAUGGUGCUCUUUCCUUCUCAAUUCAUUCAAAGGACAUCUUAGGAUUCCAUACAUUUCUCCAACAAAUAAAACCUUCCUGGGCGAAGGGGGAUGGUUUUAUCAAGGAAUUCUGGGAACAAGUUUUUGAAUGUGCAUUUCCAGAUUCCAGUAGUCCAGCAGAGUCUAGUGAAACAUGCACCGGAGAGGAGAGACUGGAAUCUGUCCCAGCAUCUAUCUUUGAAAUGAGCAUGACUGACCAUAGCUACAGUAUCUAUAAUGCUGCCUAUGCCGUUGCACAUGCUCUACACAUCUUGGACUCAUCUAGAACCAACCACAAAGCCAUGGAUGAUGGGGGCAGCCUGGCUCCUCUGAAUGUGCCACCAUGGAAGAGAAUUGCUUUCAACAACAGUGCCGGAGAUGAAGUGACCUUUAAUGAACGUGGAGAAUUGAAAGUUGGAUUUGAUAUUACCAACUUGGUCACUUUUCCAAAUAACUCCUAUGUCAGAGUCAGGAUCGGGAGGCUGGAUCCUCAAGUUCAACUUAGUCUAAGAGUGAUCAUCAAUGAGGACAGAAUUAAGUGGAACAGACAUCUUGCCCAGCUGCCUCCUUUAUCGUUGUGUAAUGACAACUGCAAGCCUGGUUACAGCAAGAAAAAGAAGGAAGGGGAGCCAUUCUGCUGCUAUGAUUGUGAUGCAUGUCCAAAUGGGAAAAUGUCAGACAAAGAGGACAUGGAUUCUUGCAUGACAUGCUCUGAAGGCCAUUAUUCAAACCUGGGACAAGAUCAAUGCAUUCCCAAGAUUCCAAAUUUCCUUUCAUCUGCAGAACCCUUGAGCAUGAUUUUAGCCUUUUUGGCCCUCUCCUUUUCUCUGAUCACAGCCCUGGUGCUCGCAAUCUUUGUCAAGUACAAGGACACCCCCAUCGUUAAAGCCAACAACCGGAGCCUCACCUACUGUCUACUCAUCUCUCUCCUUCUCUGCUUCCUCUGCUCCUUGCUCUUCAUUGGAAGGCCUAACAAGGUGACCUGCCUCCUCCGACAAACAACUUUUGGCAUCAUCUUCUCAGUUGCAGUUUCUUCUGUCUUGGCCAAAACUGUUACGGUCGUUGUAGUAUUUAUGGCCUCUAAGCCAGGAAACAUUUUUCGAAAGUGGGUGGGGAAACAAUUAGCAUAUUACAUUGUUAUCUCUUGCUUCUUUGUUCAAGUUGGCAUUUGUGUUUUUUGGCUGAGCUGUUCUCCACCCUUCCCAGAUGUGGACAUGCAUUCACUCAGUAGAGAAAUCAUAGUGAAAUGCAAUGAAGGGUCAGCCGCCAUGUUUUACUGUGUCUUGGGCUACAUGGGCUUCCUGGCCUCAGUCUGCUUCAUUGUGGCUUUCCUCGCCAGAAAGUUGCCUGACAGUUUUAACGAAGCCAAGUUCAUCACCUUCAGCAUGUUGGUCUUCUGCAGUGUUUGGCUGUCCUUCGUCCCCACCUACCUGAGCACUCAAGGAAAAGACACGGUGGCCGUGGAGAUCUUCUCCAUCUUCGCUUCCAGUGCUGGCUUACUAGGCUGCAUCUUUUUCCCCAAAUGCUAUGUCAUUAUCCUGAGGCCUGAGUUGAACAGAAGGGAGCAGCUGAUCAGGAGAAAGCAUUAA